AUGUGCUUCAGCAUUCCCCUCUUUUCUCAUCCCCUUCGUCAUAUGAUUUUGGAUCUGAUGGGCGACUCGAUGCACAAGUAUUGGAAAGUGGCGAUUGUCACCAUUGUGAUCAUCUCUAUCGAUACCAUCGUUGCAAUCGUGGCGAAGAAUUUGGGAACCGUGCUUGGAAUAACGGGCGCGAUUGGAUCGUCGACGAUCAUGAUGAUUUUGCCUUCGAUUAUGUAUCUGCGAUAUUUGGUGAAGGCGAAAAAGACCAAUAACGUCCUUUUAGUAGCUUUAAGCUUGUGUAUUCUAAUUCUGGGUGUGGUAUUUGGAACCCUUGGUACGAUUGCUACCAUUCAGCAAAGUUAA